AUGCAUCAAGCCAAUAAUUUAAUUGAUUCGUUUACUAACAAUUCAACAAACUUGUCUGUUAACCAAAGCAAUGCUAAUGAUAAUAUUAUGGAUGAUAGUAAUGCUAUUUUUGAAGUACAUAUAAGUGGUCUUUCGCAAAUAAUUGAGGAAAUUACAAAGACCGAAAAUACAGAAGAGUUUGAAAUAAUUGUUCAAUUUGAGAUAUUAAAUCAACUGUUAAAUGAAAUUACAAAUUCUAUUCGUGAACAAAUUGAAAAUGGAAUUUCUGAUGAAAUUAAAACUGAAAUUCAGCAAAAUAAAAAUCUUGAUCCAUUACAAUUACGAACUCACCUUUCUACAAAGUUUGAUAUGAAAGACAUAACCGGAAAACAGAUUUAUUACUGGUGGAGUUUUUUUACUCAAUCGUUAUAUCAACAGAAUAAAGAUCCAGUAAAAUCAGCUAUAAUUCUUAUUGAAAAUAAGUAUCAAUUAAAGAAUUAUAAAUUAUUAAUUGCAAAAACAUCAGAUACUUUCGUGGCAAUUGCUUUUUCUACACCACUUUUUAAUGAAUUGAAAAACGUCAUUCCAUCAUCUAAUAAUGGGUUAGAAAAAAUAUUGGUUGAAACAAGCGAGUUUGAUGAGGAUAAUAAUGUAGAAUUGUCACCAGAAGAAUUUACUAAAGAAAUUGAAAAACAUAAAUAUUUUCUUCAGCAUAUACAAGAAGAGUAUGAUGCAGGUAAUUUUCGACAUGUGAAGGCUUUACUUAAAGGUUCAAAACGGGUACGUGAAAUAAUGGAUGAUAUCGAUCAUGCACAAAAAAAACAAACUAGGGGAAGAACAUAUAAAGAUUCAAAAGAACAUAUAAUGUUUUUAAGAUAA